AGUGGCGAUGGUUGCAACAGCAGUGUGGGGAGGGGGUAGGUGGAGGAGGAGAGCUCAAUUAUUUCCAAAUACUGGCAGCUCUAGAAGAAAACAAACUGGGAACGGCAGAAGCAGGCAUUUGGGGGAGGGGCAAGGAAGCAAGAACGUCUAGAAAGUGAGAGGUGCCUUGGGUCUGGGGGAGGCUCUGAUCUGGUUCCGGUCUCUCCGUGUGUCCCUGUGGGUCUGCGUCCCCGUCCGUACUGCCCAGCCAGGAGGGCACGGCCCGCGCUUUCCCGGGAGUUGUCCCAUUCCACCAACGGAGUUCAUCUGGCAGACUCCUCGUGAGCAGAGGAAGGUGUGACUGUGGUGCCUCCGACCCCCAGAUGUCCUCGGGAAUGAAGGCCAUUGGGGUUCUCGUGGUCUUUGCCUCCUGCCUGAUGGCCCCUGCCCACAGCAGCUUCUGGCAGUUUCAGAGGAUGGUCAAGUACAUCACAGGGCGGAGCGCCUUCUUCUCAUAUUACGGAUAUGGCUGCUACUGUGGCCUUGGGGGCAAAGGGACCCCCGUGGAUGACACUGACAGAUGCUGCCUGGCACAUGACUGCUGCUAUGAGAAGCUGAAGCAAUUUGGCUGCCAGCCUGUGCUGAACAGCUACCAGUUCCACAUCGCCAAUGGGUCCGUGGCCUGUACAUGUGCCCUCGGUCCCGGCGUCAGCUGUCUCUGUGGGCUGCGGGCAUGUGAGUGUGACAAGCAGUCUGCAUACUGCUUCAGAGAGAGCCUGCCCACCUACGAGAAAACCUUCAAGCAGUUCUCCACCCGGCCCCACUGUGGGAGGCGUAAACUCCAGUGCUAGGCAGC